UCCGCCACGGAUAUUUCCUGCUCGACAACGAAAAAGGGAGACGUACGGGGCCGUCCGGCAGACGACCACGAUAGUAUUUCCCGUAUCUUGUGACUUCAAGUUAUCAUAUCCUCGACUUAAUUCGUCACGAUCUGAGCGACCGACGUGGGACUUCCGACCAAGCCAGCCGAUCGCCGACGCUCUAAAUUAACGUGCGUCAAAAAGUAGGAUGAAUUUGGAAGAAUAUCGCAGACAUGGCAAAGAAAUGGUGGAUUACAUCGCCGAUUACCUGGGCAACAUCCGUUCUCGGCGCGUGUAUCCAGCGGUCUCGCCGGGAUACCUGAGGAACGUCCUACCGUCGUCAGCGCCGGUGGACGGCGAGCCUUGGGAGGAUAUAUUUGCCGACAUCGAGAAGUGCAUCAUGCCGGGUGUGACGCAUUGGCAGAGUCCGCACAUGCACGCCUACUUUCCAGCUUUGAAUUCACCCGCCAGUCUGUUGGGCGACAUGUUGGCUGACGCCAUAAACUGUCUGGGUUUUACGUGGGCUUCCAGUCCGGCGUGCACCGAAUUGGAGACGAUCGUUAUGAAUUGGCUGGGCAAAAUGAUCGGUCUAACCGAGGAUUUCUUACAUCGACCGGGUGGCUCCGGCGGCGGCGGCGUUAUUCAAACAACGGCAUCGGAAGCCACGCUGGUGUGUUUGCUCGCGGCCAGGACCAGAGCGAUCAGGGAUGUGCAAGAGAACGAUCCGGAGCGUAUGGCGACCGAGAUCAACUCGCGACUCGUCGCUUACUGCUCGGAUCAGGCACAUUCAAGUGUGGAGAAGGCUGGACUCAUAGGACUAGUCCGAAUGCGAUAUAUCGAAUCAGACAAUGAGCUAAGCAUGAGAGGCGACGCUUUACUCGAGGCAAUAACGCACGACCAAGCAGAGGGCCUGCUUCCUUUCUUCGUAUGCGUAACGCUAGGAACCACCGGUGCGUGCUCCUUCGAUAAUCUCAAAGAAAUUGGGCCGAUAUGUCAACAGAACGGUUUAUGGCUGCACAUCGACGCGGCGUAUGCGGGCAGCGCGUUCGUAUGCCCUGAAUUUCGCGGUUGGCUUCAAGGAGUGGAGCUCGCCGACUCUAUCGCCUUCAACCCCAGCAAAUGGCUCAUGGUCCAUUUUGAUUGCACAGCUAUGUGGGUGAAAAAUAGCCAAGCGCUACAUAGGACCUUUAAUGUAGAUCCGCUAUAUUUGAAGCAUGAAAAUUCAGGUCUCGCAAUCGAUUAUAUGCACUGGCAAAUUCCCUUGUCUAAGAGAUUCAGGGCGCUGAAACUGUGGUUCGUCAUCAGGAAUUACGGAAUUAUUGGCUUGCAAAAACAUAUACGUGAGGGUGUGAGGCUAGCGCAAAAAUUCGAGGCACUGGUUUUAGCCGAUACACGCUUUGAAAUUCCUGCAACGAGGCACCUCGGCAUGGUAGUUUUCCGUCUUCGGGGCGAGAAUACUUUGACGGAGCGUUUACUAAAGAAGCUUAAUUCACGAGGUCGGCUUCAUUGCGUGCCAGCCGCUCUGCAUGGAAAAUACGUCAUAAGAUUCACGGUUACUUCGACAAAUACGACAAACGAAGAUAUUCUGAGGGAUUGGGCAGAAAUACGAAAUACCGCGAGUGACAUCUUAGGUGAUAGUUCUGGAUCACCUGUACGACCGAGAGUUCCUCUCGCAGAUACGCGGCAGAAGAAUGAAAAUUUCGGAUCGAGCUUGCUACUGGCAAAUUCACCGAUGUCACCGAAAAUAGUGAACGGCAGUUUCGCUGCUAUAUACGACGCAGCCGAAGUAUUUGAGGAAUGCAUGAAAACUUUUGGGAAAAUUCAUCUCGAAGCGAGAGAUAGUCCGGCUAUGCGUCGUCGCAUUCGCGGUAUAUUGAUGUCAGGCAAGCAAUUCUCUUUAGAUUCUCGUAUGGAUCUUGUUCAGGGGUAUGUUUGUAGCCGUCCACUCUCGGAUCCUCCCUCCGAGUUACCGUUAAUGAAAGAAGAUGAAGAUUACAUCGGGACGUGUGGGUCAACGUCCGAUAUUGAUAAAACGGAUGAAUUCGAUAACGACGAAUCGUUUGCUCAUGAGAACUUGGAGGAUUCCGAUAACUCCGAAGCUAUCAAGAGGAAGCCACCUAUUUCGAAGACCGGCUCUAGUUACGCGGUGCUGAACGGAUCGAUUGUCAAUAUAGAUGCGGAAGACAACGACGACAACGCAAUAGCCAUCGCUUCUGCCGACAUAGGCAUUCCUAGAAGCGAGACUAUAGCCGCUAUCGGUCAUCGGCCUUACACGGGCGAUCUGGAUCCCGCUCGGGUUUCAAGAGAGAAUUCGAUCAAACGUAGGGAGAACGAAGAGGACGACGGUAAAGAGGAGUUCUGCCAAAAGUGCGGUCACUACUCUAAACGCCAGUAAAAAUUGAUUCGCACGCGUCACGUGUACACUCUUCAUACGUUGACGACCGUACUCGAUUGAUUGCCAUUUUCAUGCUCUCGAGAAUCCGAUGAUUCGAGAUCGUUUUCGCGAUUAGACGUUGAUUCGCAUAUUAAUCAUAAUAAUAAACGCGCAUGCUUCGUUACGUUGCCUCGCCUUGAACGAAUUCUCAGAGAGAGAGAGAGAGAAAGAGAGAGAAAUCGUGAAAAAUCAGGGAUCGUAAAGGAAAGAAGAAUUUUCUCCUUAGUAGGAAUUUUUGAAAGGACCUCAAAGAACUUCUGAGACGUCUCUUUCAAUUUUGAUCGACUGAUGGAACGUUCGUAAAUGAAAAGACGUGAAGUUGACGAAAAGAUCGGGUAUAAGUAGAUGCGUAUAUUUUUAUUAUGUUGAUAAUGUUAAUUUACGGUAUAUAAUUAUAAACUUCUUGUUCAUAAAAUUACUAUAUGCAUAUGUAGUUAUAGAAAUUAGAACGUUGACUUUUAGCGCGAAUAUCCUAAGAAAAUGUGUAAAGAGCGAUACUUGAAAAAGUAACCGAUACAUUCGUAAAUUCUUUCGUUCACGAUAUUCGCGCGAUCUCUGUUAUUCGUUGGAAAGAUUGUAGUGAUUGCCAUGACGGAGGCGUAGAAUGCAACAUUUGCAGCAACCGUAUGAAAUUAAAUAAAUGCACAAUAUGACAAAAUA